UUACUAGUAAAGCACACUAACCACUCAACUACCAAUGCCCUGCAUUUUAAUUAAAUGCAGAACAACGCACAAAGUUUAAAAACACUGUUUCUUGUGAACUGAAAACUAGAUGUGUUCAAGUCAUUUGGGGACUUUCAUUAAAGCAAAAAGCACAACCAAACAAGCAAGCACCAAGGGCUCCGAACACUAACUUUGUUUACCACGAUGGCUGACGAACUUGCAGCAGAUUUAAAUGUGGCUUUGACCCACUCUGACCUUGGUGAGGGUUAACCAGCAUGCACGUCACCCGCAUCCAAUGCAACCGGUUCGCUCAGACAGCUCGUGGGCUGAACACUAAACACUUCCCAUCUUUAUGUGCCAUACACUGCCAGGCACGAAGGUAGAACCUCCUUUCCUGACUCUUGGGUUCACUGGCAUUACGUGAAAAGCGCGAGAAAAUUGUUUACGCGUAACUACGCAGCUGGUCUGUAUGGACCAGAAUGCCCAGGUUAGGUGUAUGAGAUGAACGUAGAGUGUUUGGGACUGAGCACUUACCAAAGAUAUCACAAUGACACCGGCACCAUGGCUUCGUGCGGUUCAAGUUCUCAGUUUGGCGUGCAGUUUAUCUCUGAAUUCAGGAUCGUACUGGUGGGAAACCGAGGAGCUGGAAAAACAUGUCUGGCAAAUAUGAUUCUACACAGACAGCCCACGGCCCCAAGGAGAACGGCCCGGUGCGUGAAGAUCCGCGGAGUGGCGGCCGGGCGGCUGGUCACCGUGGUGGACACGCCGGGCUGGUGGAAGAACUUUCCCAUUAGUGAGACCCCCGAGGUCCUAAAACAGGAGCUGGCGCUGAGCGUGACCCACUGCGCUCCCGGGCCGCACGCCGUCCUCCUGGUCGUCCGCCUGGAUGCUGAUUACAAGGACAGGGCCAGAAGAGCAGCACAGGAGCACCUGGAGCUCCUCGGCGAGGGCGUCUGGCGCCACGCGAUGGUGGUGUUCACCUACGGCGACGGGCUGCAGGAUCAGGCGGUGGAGCGCCGCCUCGGAGGGGAAGGAGAGGCCCUCCUGCAGGGGCUGGUGGACAGAUGUGGGAGCAGGUACCACGUCAUCAACGUUGACCGCUACAGCGCGCCGGGCGUCACGAGCCUGCUGGAGGCCAUCGAGGAGAUGGUGUGGAGGAAUGGCGGCCUACCCUACGAAGCGGCCCCGGAGCCCCUGCGCCAGGUCACAGAGGAUAGGAGGGCAGCAGAGGCGAGGGCAACCAAGAGGAGGAUGACGGUACAGGAACGAAGAGUGAGCCGUGAAGGUCAUAACUGCACCCUGCCUAGUGUAUCGAUGGUCCUGUUAGGCUAUCGGAGAGCUGGAAAGACUUCAGUUCGGAACACCAUUUUUGGAAGAGGGAACUCUGGCUGCAGGAGAACAUCCCAGUGUGUGAAGACCCAGGGAGAGGUAGCGGGGAAGCUGGUCACCGUGGUGGACACACCGGGCUGGUGGAAAGCUCUUCCAGCGCGAGACACCCCGGAACUGGACAAGCGAGAAAUGUUCUCCGGCGUGGCGCUGUGUUCUCUGGGAGCGCAUGCUUUGCUCCUGGCCAUCCGUGCAGAUAUGACGUUUACCGCGGACGACAGGAAAUCGGUGGAGGAGCACAUGGAGCUUCUCGGCAAGCGAGUCUGGAACCACACUGUUCUCCUGUUCACGCACGCUGAUCUGCUCGGCGACACGGCCAUCGAGCAGUACAUCGAAAGCGAGGGGGGGGACCUGAAGCUGCUUGUGGCGAAAUGUCAGAACAGGUAUCACGCACUCGACAAUGCGAAUUUGGCCAAUACCAGUCAGGUCACCCAGCUCCUCCAGAAGGUAGAGGAGACAGCGUCUGAAAGCGGGGGCCGCCGUUAUGAAGUGGACCAGAGGGUUUACAAGGAAUGGAGGCAGAAAUGGAGAGCGGUGGGGAAAAAAGUGAAGAAGAAGAUGAAGAAUCGAGGGGUGAUGAACUCGGCGAAAGGUGGCGGACAGCAUCUCUCUGAGCUUAGUCUUGUUCUGCUGGGCUACGCUGAAUCUGGAAAGACAUCAACGGGAAACACCAUCCUGGGAACGGCAGCGUUCGGAUCCGGAAGGACCUCGCAGUGCGUCAGGAGGUGCGGAGUGGUCGCGGGAAGGCGACUCACCGUCGUGGACUCCCCCGGCUGGUGGAAGCGCAGUCCGUCCGAGCGCACCCCGCAAGACACCAAGAGGGAGAUCGGGCGGAGCGUGACCUUGACCGCUCCCGGGCCUGUGGCCUUCCUGCUGGUCGUCCGACUGGACGGUUCCUUUCAGGAAGAAGAGAGACGGGCCGCGGAGGACCACCUGGGGCUCCUGGGGGGGGCAGCGUGGGAGCGGACCGUGGUCCUGUUCUCCUGCGGGGACUGGCUAGGAGACAGGCCCGUGGAGCUGCACGUGGAGAGCGAAGGCCAGGCCCUGCAGUGGUUGCAGGAGAAGUGCGGUGGAAGGUGUUGCGUCUUUAGCAACAGGAAUCGCCACGGCACAGGCACACAGGUCGCCGAGCUGCUGGAGGAGGUCGAGGAGUUGUUAGGGAGAGACGGAGCGCUCGGUCCAACUGGGACUUGAAGGAGAAUUCGUAGACGAGGUCGGGGGAAAGGCAAGGCAGUCAGGGAGGCACGCGAAAACAACAGGAAGUAUCAAGUAUGGAUAUACAGUCAGAACAACAUUUAAUUAAACCAGAGUUCCAGCAAUACUUCAGCAAAUUAGAUUUCUCCCAAUGACGUUUUUGCUGGAUGUUUAAUAUGUAUGAAAUAUAGAUACUAAGUUAUAAUUGGAAUCCUUCACACUAAAUCUAAUACGCCACUACCAACUCAUUAUAAUAUUACUGUAAUGAGCAAAUGUUACUUGCUGUUGAGUAUCGUUAUUCAUGUGGAUUUAUUCUUCUUGCUCGCACAUAAGCAUUCAAAUGGUUUCUGUUCAGUGGCAUUAAAAAAGUCGCACGAAGAACACAUAUAUUAUCCGCAUGCACAUCACCUAAACGUCCGCAAGGCUUAUAAAACGUUUUUAGAGCAAGUGGGGAAUGGUGCUAAAUAAAAAAUGAAACAUAGAAGAACAAACUAAUCUGAAAGACAAACAGAAGAUUUGAAACUUUAAAAAGAAAACUUAUCUCACUUUUCUCAAGGAUAGCAUGACAGCUCUGUCAAAUCAACGUUUGGCAAACAGCAAGUGAGACUGAUAGACUCGUGUUUCUGGAGCGGAGCCAGACGUCUCCGCUCAUGUGGUUUGAUAUGCUUAUUAUGGCGUCCAGAAUAAAGCAUUCCGUCUUCUCCGUUAUGACGUCUCGUAAGGCCCUUCUCCGCUAGGAAAGGGACUGUGGAAUGUGGAAUGGAGAAUAUUAAAUAGUUAAGAGAGGUUAAACCCAGCCUCUUUAUUAGGGAAACCUGACCUUUGAAGGUUUUUAGAGGUCGUUUGAAGCAGCGUUGUCCUGUGAUUGGGCCAGCACUACUACACUACCCAGGCGCAGGUUCUAGCAGUGAAUUAGUGAUUAGUGGGCUUGUAAAUUUGCUGACUGCAGGAUAACAGCUUUUCUUUUUUAAAUGACUUUAUUUACAACUUGUACACCAAUUUCCUCACCCGUGCACGUCCUGAUUCACUCCAGCUAACCCAGUGUGAACACUGCCGCGUUGUUACCAUUCCUCCCACGUCUUAGUGGUCAGAGGUCUCAUUAUACCACAUUACGGCCUGCAAGUUGAACGCUCGUUUAACACAAUCAAUAAAAUUUGAAUAUAAAUAAAAUCGAAUCAUAAUUAUGUGCAGCAGAUCGUUUUUUUCUCUUUUUUUUCCCUAAGAACCUAAUUUCAAAGUAAUGAGCACCAUGUUGUACAAGAAAACGGAGAUAGUGAGAGAGAGUUGAGGGGCAAAAGAAAUUAUCAAAGUAUCUUGAAAAUAUUAAGCCCUUAGCCCCCGCCACGGCACCCACCUUCAUGCGCAGUAUUUUCAGAAAUUAAACAAAUGAAUUAUUCAUAUCCCAUCUUUAGCGCAGCCAGCGUAGAGGCCGUAUAACUAAUAGGUUCUCCCAGAGGGGACGGAAUCGCAGAAGGAGCGUUGAAACGAGAGACGACUUUGAGGGAGCAGGACAUGUUCAAUCCAGUAAUCACGCUCAU